AUGAGUUCUUGCUUUGUACCUAACGGGGCCAGUUUGGAGGACUGCCACUCCAACAUCUUCUGCCUAGCUGACUUGACGGGGAUAAAGUGGCGGCGUUUCGUGUGGCAGGGGCCCACUUCGUCGCCCAUCCUUUUCCCGGUGACCGAGGAGGACCCCAUCCUGUGCAGCUUCAGCCGAUGCCUGGCAGCGGAUGUGCUGAGUGUGUGGAGGAGGCACCACACCCCGGGUCGCAGGGAGCUCUGGCUCUUCUGGUGGGGGGAUGACCCCAGUUUCGCUGAGCUUAUCCACAAUGAGCUCUCGAGCGAGGAGAAUGGCGAGUGGGAGAGCGGCCUGUCCUACGAGUGCCGGACGCUCCUCUUCAAAGCCAUUCACAACCUGUUGGAGCGCUGCCUCAUGAACCGCGGCUUCGUUCGCAUCGGCAAGUGGUUCGUCAAGCCAUACCAAAAGGAGGAGAAGAUCAUCAAUAAGAGCGAGCACCUGUCCUGCGCCUUCACUUUCUUCGUCCAUGGCGACAGCAAUGUCUGCACGAGCGUGGAGAUUGCCCAACAUCAGCCUCUUCAGAGACUCGGCGAGGAGCAUCUCAGCCUCGCCCAGCAGAGCUCCAGCCCCCUGCAAGUCAUCCUCAGCCCGUAUGGCCUGAACGGGACGCUCACCAGUCAAGCUUUCAAGAUGUCCGAUCACCCAACGCAGAAGCUCAUAGAGGAGUGGAGGCAGUUUUAUCCCAUCUGCCCCAAUCUGAAGGAGGUCCCGGAAGACAAGAUGGAGGAUGCAGACUGGGAGGAUGACUCCCUGGCUGCUGUGGAGGUCCUUGUCGCCGGAGUCAGGAUGGUGUACCCCUCCUGCCUGGUGCUGCUCCCCCUGUCGGACCUCCCCGCCGUGGUCCCUCAGGGCUCGGCCAACACUCCGGGAAUGCAGAGCGGCGCGCACCAGGGUCAGGCGGCUCACAGAGACUCAGCCAUGUCCUCGGUCACUCUGACUCCUCCCACGUCACCAGAAGAAGCCCACACAGACUAUCAGCCUGCCCAGAGAUGGCUGAAGAUGUCUUCAGGGUCUGAUUGCUACAGCUCUAACAACACUCUCCACGGCGGAAAAAUCCCCCGCAGGCUUUCCAGCCAGAUGGUGGAAACCGUGUGGCAGGAGUACAACAUAAACCGAGCAGGGAACAAGAGGAAGUUUACAACCUUGACGAACGGAGCCUGCGAGGAGGAGCCAGACAGAAGCAGACUCUGGGACUUUGUGGAACCGACUCACAGGCCGUCGUGCAACUGCUCGAGGCCUAAAAACCAGAAGCAGCGAUCCAGCAGCACCUCAGGACACCCGCCGUCUUCGGGCCAGCCUCCUCAGCCCGCCGCCAAGCACAAGCUGGGUGAGAAGCUGGAGAAGGGCGAGAAGCAGCAACGGAGACCGCAGACGCCCUUCCACCACCGCAACUCGGUGAGCGAGGAGCAGUCCAUGGAGCCGCAGACCCAGAGACUUUGCCCGAGGCCGCAGGAGGAGGGCUCGUAUCCCAGCUUGCACCACGCGGACACGGCGCCGCCCAAAGCCCCCUCCCUGCACGCGCACGGCCCUCCCGCGGACCUCGUCGGCUCUCCACCGCCCCCUCCUCUCAGCCCGCGUCCCUGCGACCACGUCGAUGGUGAGCUGAUGCCGAGCGGCGCCAAGAAUUCCUCUACGCCCAUCCACCAGGCGUUCUACCCGCCUUCCGUGGAGCCCUGCCUGAUGCCUCAGAAGGGCUCGACGGAGGAGCCGCAGCCGGACAGCGCGGCCUAUCCCUCAAACUACAACGAGACAUUGGAGCCCACGCUGUUUACUGGUUCGGCGAUAAAACCCGGAGAAGACUCCACUCACAACCCCUGGAAGUACUUCAACCUGCCCAGGAAGAAAGCCUCCAGCUUCUUGACGCCACAGUUACCAAUGGAUAAAAUACGAGAUGAUUCAUCAGGAGGUUUGGAAACGGUGGUGUCUGUCACAGAGCUGAUGUGCAACUCCUCGCGUCCCCUCAAAGUGUCACAGGAGCUGGUCAGGACCUACACUCAGCGGAGGAACAGCCACCUCGGUUCCUCCGCGGGCGACGGCGAGGACGGCGACGAGUCCGACCCGUACGCCUUCGUAGACGGAGACGACGAGUUCAGCAUUACGGAGAAGAGGGACAAGAAUGGACCUGAGAAGGACUGCAACAAGAAGCAGAAGUUGGACGAUGGAGGAACAGCGACUUCUUCAGAUGACGGUCAGGGCCAGUCGAGCUGCAAACCUUCUGCCUCGACCAGCCUCAUUCACGAGAAGGACCUGGUCGUGUCCCUCAGCGACCUAGAAAAAAUGUUUAACUCUGACGAAGACGAGCAAGAGCCUGGAUCCAAAAGAGCCGGAGCCGGUAACGACGACAAGACCAACCUUAAAGAACCCAAACCAGAACGCCUGGAUCCCUUGUCGUCGUCAGACCUCAUGAUGAUGUAUCCCACCCCACCCUCUCUGGAUCAAAACGGCUACUCCCCCGGGAACUCCGGGACCAAGGACGGCCUGGAGAUGGGCGCGGCUCUCGCCCUGCUGGACAGCAGUCAGCUCAGCAGCCACUUCAAGAUCGAGGUGGAGGAGGGGUUCUGCAGCCCCAAGCCAUCUGAGAUAAAGGAUUUCUCCUUCGUCUACAAGCCGGAGACAUGUCAGUCCAUCAUCGGCUGUUCCAUGUACGCCCCCCUGAAGACGCUACCCAGCCAGUGUCUGCUGCCUGUCAAACUGCCAGAGGACUGCGUGUACACGCCGAGCUGGACCAUGGGGAAAAUGGAGCUGAUGCCUCCAGUGUCGACUGUCAGCCUCCUGACCAAAGACAGUAACGUCCCCAGCGUGGAGCCGGACUACAACCAGCCCUUCACCCCUCAGACCAACACGCCCUUCCUGCCCGGCAGCGCGCCGCCCAGCAACAGCGGCCCCGGCAUUCUGCCGUCUCCGGCCACGCCACGCUUCUCCGUGCCCACCCCACGCACGCCGCGCACCCCCCGCACACCACGCGGGCCCUCCAGCGUCCAGGGCUCGCUCAAGUACGAGAACUCCGACCUCUACUCGCCGGCGUCCACGCCCUCCACCUGCCGGCCGCUCAGCUCCGUGGAGCCGGCCACUGUGCCCUCCAUCCCGGAGGCCCACAGCCUCUACGUCACACUCAUCCUCUCCGAGUCGGUCAUGAACCUCUUCAAGGACUGCAACUUCGACAGCUGCUGCGUGUGCGUCUGCAACAUGAACAUCCGCGGCGCCGACGUGGGCGUCUACCUCAAGGACAACGGCGAGGACCAGUACCCGUGCACCUGCGGCUUCAGUGCCGUGGCCAACCGCCGCUUCGGCCAGUCGGCGGGGCUCUUCCUGGAGGACGAGCUGGACGUGGUGGGGCGCAGCUCGGACGCCGGCCGCGACACGGAGCGCCGCUUCGAGGAGCUGAGGGGCAGUCUGAAGGAGAAGCCACCAGAUGAGCUGAUCCUGCUGCUGCAGGACCAGUGCACCAACCCGCUGGCGCCCAUGGCGGGCGUGGAGUGGCCCAAGCCCAGCGCCGCCGCAGUCGCCGCCCCCAGCUCCUUCCUCAGAGUGGAAGAGAGGGACUGCUACAACGACUGCUACAUGGCGCUGGAGCACGGCCGGCAGUUCAUGGACAACAUGUCGGGAGGCAAAGUGGACGAAACGCUGGUGAAAAGCACCAGCCUUCAUCAGUGGCCAAAAUGCAAAUCUGCAGACAUGAGUAAGCUGUACUCUCAGGACGUCCUGCGGGUGCUGCUGUCCCUGCAGCCCGCGCUUCAGGACACCAUCCAGAAGAAGGGCGUGCGCUCGUGGGGCGUUCAGGGACCGCUCACCUGGCAGCAGUUCCACAAAAUGGCGGGGAGAGGCUCGUACGGUACAGACGAGUCUCCUGAGCCUCUGCCCAUCCCAACCUUUCUGGUCGGUUACGAGUACGAUUUUGUGGUGCUGUCUCCUUUCGGGUUGCCCUACUGGGAGAAGCUGCUGCUGGACCCUUUCGGCUCCCAGAGGGACGUAGGAUACGUCGUCAUCUGCCCGGAAAACCAGACGCUGCUCCGUGGAGCCAAGACCUUCUUCAAAGAUCUGAGCGUCAUGUACGAGGCGUGCCAGCUGGGGCAACACAAACCCAUCUGUAAGAGCCACCCAGAGGGGGUCCUGACCGUCGGCUCCCCAGAAGGAAGGAGCAUGACGGAGCAGCCCCUCAGCGACUGGUUCCUCAAGAUGGCUGCCAGGGAAUCAAACAAUGAAGCCUUUCAUAAGCUCAAACUCUUUGCGCAAGUGUGUCGCUAUGAUUUAGCUCCAAACUUGUCUGAGCUGCCGUUGGACAGCUCCCUCUUGUCGCAGCGUAAUCCCACCAAGCCCGCCCCCCAGACCUCCACCUCUUCCAGCGCCUCCUCAGGACUCCAGAGCACCAACACUACCAGCACCAACUCUUCCCAGCCUGCACAGGUCAACAGCACUCCUCCCCCUUCGUCGUCGUCAUCGUCGUCUUCAUCAUCGGGCUCUCAAACUAACGGAGCGAUGGCCUCGGGCAAGCCGGGCUCCUACAUGCCAUUCGGGUCGGGUGGUCUGCAGGGCAGCACUACUCAAAACGGACCGCAGCAGACAAACUCUCAAAGCGCUGGCGGUCUGGGUGACGGCGCAUCCAGCCAGCCUCAGGUCUCCGCGGAAACGCAGGAGAGCACAAUGGAGAGGGACAAAGUGGGCAAGCCGACGGACGGAGAGUCCCACGCCAUCUCGUACCCGCCCGCCAUCGUGGUCUACAUUGUCGACCCCUUCAGCUACGAGAACGCAGACAAAGAGGUUCACUCCAGCACUUACACUCUGGGCCUGCUGCGCUGCUUCAUGGAGAUGCUCCCCUUCCUGCCCGCUCACAUCAGAAACGCCGUCUCCGUGCAGAUUGUUCCCUGCCAGUACCUGCUGCAGCCGGUGCACAGCGGCGACCGCCACAUCUACAGCCAGCACCUCAAGUCGUUGGCCUUUUCCGUGUACACCCAGUGUCGCCGGCCGCUGCCGAACUCCACCAACUUCAAGGCAUUGACGGGCUUCGGGCCCGGCCUCGCUCUCGACAUGGCACUCAAGAACCCGGAGCGGCCGGAGUGUCUCCGUCUGUACACGCCGUCCUUCAUUUUGGCCCCGGUGAAAGACAAGCAGACUGAGCUCGGGGAGACGUUCGGCGAGGCGUCGCAGAAGUACAACGUGCUUUUUGUCGGCUACUGCCUGUCCCACGACCAGCGCUGGCUACUGGCGUCCUGCACCGACCAGCACGGCGAGCUGCUGGAGUCCUGCAUCAUCAGUAUUGACGUUCCCAACAGGGCUCGCAGGAAAAAGAGCUCUGCCAGGCGAGUCGGCCUGCAGAAGCUGUGGGAGUGGUGUGUCGGCCUGGUCCAGGUGACAUCACUACCGUGGAGGGUGGUGAUUGGACGACUCGGCAGGAUGGGCCACGGCGAGCUAAGAGACUGGAGUAUUCUGCUGAGUCGGACAAACCUGCAGUCUCUCAGCAAGCGUCUGAAGGAGACGUGUCGGAUGUGCGGCAUCUCUGCUGCCGACACGCCCAGCAUCCUGAGCGCCUGUCUGGUCGCCAUGGAGCCACAGGGGUCCUUUGUGAUCAUGCCAGACUCGGUGUCGACCGGCUCGGUGUUCGGUCGCAGCACCACCCUCAACAUGCAGACGUCGCAGCUGAGCACGCCGCAGGACACGUCCUGCACGCACAUCCUGGUGUUCCCCACGUCGGCCAUGGUGCAGGUCAACACCAACACCUCGGAGCCCAUCGACAUCAGCUUCAACCACAUCAACCCCGACGGAUCCGAGGGGAUGGGACUCUUUGACUUGUUUGGCAGCGACAUGGAUGCAGAGCUCAUCAACAUUCUGCCCAAUUCCCCGACGACCUCGCCCGUCCACUCUCCGGGACACCAUUACCACCACGGAGAGGCGGGCAAGGGCCAGGGUGCGGAUCGGAUGGAGUCCCAUGAGGAGGCGCUCAGCAUCCUGCAGCAGCCCAUGGCUCUGGGUUACUUCAUCUCCACGGCGAAGGCGGGGCCGCUGCCCGACUGGUUCUGGUCCGCCUGUCCCGAAGCCCAGAAUCAGUGUCCACUCUUCCUCAAGGCGUCUCUGCACCUGCACGUGUCUUCUGUCCAAUCAGACGAGCUCCUGCACAGUAAACACUCCCACCCUCUGGACUCUAACCACACCUCCGACGUGCUCAGAUUUGUCCUGGAGCAGUACAACGCCCUCUCCUGGCUGACGUGCAACCCCGCCACCCAGGACCGGCGCUCGUGUCUGCCCGUUCACUUCGUGGUGCUCACACAGAUCUACAACUUCAUCAUGAACAUGCUCUGAAAGUCUUAAUGAGAUCAAACUGCUGAUCCAAGGAAUCACAAAGACAAACUCUGGAUUUUUAUUUUUAUUUUUCCUUUUUUUUUUUUUCUUUGCGCUCGUCACUCCCGUCUGGAGCGAACGUGGCAAAGGCGCUCUCUACUUCUUCUCCUCCCCUCCACCCUUCCUCCCGGUGUUCGUCUUUCUUCACACACCGACCUGGAAAAGUCCCGCCCCAAUCAAUCAAAUGCCAAGAAUCCAUUUUUAGCAUUUUGGAUGAUCGAGGGACGUUUCGUAAAGGAGGAAAAGAAAACAAAAAAAAAACCAACUUCUUUUUAAUGACAGUAGAUUGCAAUCUAAGAAAUUUUAUCUUAAUAAAAUGCCUGCAUAUAUUAUUUAUUGUAAGUUUUUAAAUGUGGAAUUUUUAAUGCUUAAUAUCUUUUAUAUAUUACAAAUCCUAGAGGGUGUGUACAUCUCGCUGUAAAGGAAUUGGUUUAAGAAGUGUAAUUUUUUUUCUCAAUUGGAGGAUGGAGAGAGAGAGAGAGAGAGAGACACCUGUUACAGUGAAUUUGCUGUAGAUUGCUUUUAGAAUCUUAUUUUUUCAAAAGGGGGAUACAUACCUUUUUAUUGCCAUGCUGUAAAAACGAAGUUAAAAACUGGCCUGGGCAUUUUUUUUUUCUUUCCCCCUCGUGUCCCACACAGUGAGUGGAUGAGACUUGCCUCUCUGUCUGUCUGUCUCUCUCGCACAGUAACUCGAUGAGCUCUGAAGAGGAAUUAAAGGUACAUUGUCAGAUUAUAUAUUUUAUAUAACAGAUUUAGGUAAUUGUGUGUGUAUAUGUGUACAUAUACCUGUGUGCCGCUACUGAUGGUGCAGCUUCUGUUUUAGGAAUAAAGUGCGUCUACCUUACACAUU